GGCGCGAGCACCGCUGCAUUCCAGCUGAUUCCAUAACGAUGGGCCCCUCAUCAAAAAGGCGUGCAGGAUCAAUGCAGGAUCGGAUCUGAAUUUUGACCGAUCCGUUUGCUGUGCCGCCGGCCGGCCUGUCUUCAGCCACUGAGCUAGUUGGGCCCAGAGACCGGCUCGAGUGGCGAGCCCGUCGGCUCGCCACAUUAUUUGUUUCGAGAUUGCAUUUCGAUCGACUCCGCCUAUGUGCGUUUACAGCCACAGAGGCCUAUCGAUAUGGAAUCAGCUGUCACGUACGUAGACGAAAACAUCGGUGUGGCCGUCUACGAAGACUGUCAGGUUACCGACGGGCAGGCUGUUUGCGAGGAAGUAGUCGUUGCGAUGGGCUCCUCUGGGUACACCCACACAGUAACAGGGACGGUGUCCAUGACACCAUUUGCCGUUCAAGGUGGCGGCCUAGCUUCCGGCAGCGACGCCAUUCAGACCUCGCCCGUACCCACCGGCAAUUUCGCAACUUGGACCUUUCCCGCCGUGUGGUCAUCAUCCACCUCUGCAAUUGAUGGUGCCAGUAGCUCCCUAUCAUCCGGCGGUUCCGAAUCUUCGUCUGGUGCCGCCUCGAAGACGUCCGGGUCGACGACUGCUACCCCCACCGGAAACACGAACGGUGCUCUUACCAUCCGCGCGCACAGCCUUCUCACCGUGAUUGCUGCAGGGUUGGGUAUUACAUAGCUCGACUCGGAAUGUGAUACACGGGGAGCCUCUGAACGUUGUCACAAUGUAUGCCCCGCACAUU